AUGCAACUGGAACGAGACAACUGGGGUGUGCUUGUUUUGCUAUUCGCAGCACUGGAGAUGGCACUCGUCGUCGCAUCUCCAGCUCAAGUUUUAUUUUCAACCUCGCCGCACGCAGUGAAUGUCCAAUGGACUGACCUCAACGAGCCCCCGAAUCCAAACACGACGAGUAAUAACAUACUGUUCGACACAGUCAACAACCUGCUCCAGCAUUGGCCAAAUACGAGGUACAGAAACGGCCACACGAUCACACCAGGCACUGUCGCUGUCGGCUCCCUCCUCUUCCACGGUCGUUCUGACCCUUAUCUCCCCACCAAUCCAGAAUGGACGGCGACGGACCCAGAACACGCGUAUUUCUUUUGUGGGAGCACAGGCUUUCCGAGCAACAAAACUGACCCACCCCCGCCAGAAUGGCCGACUGGAAAUGGAUGUUGGCAGCUUACGAUUGUGACGACCCGACCCUUGAAUGUCAUCUAUUUUGACGGGUCAAGCGCUGCGAAUAUGAAGGAUGGUACUCUCGAUACCCAAGAUAUUUUGGCAUGGGGCAAAGCGAAGCCUGACCGGUGGCUCGACGAGAGGGAGCGAAUCGACGACUUAUGUGCUUGGGGGAAAAUUUAUGGCGUGGAUGGGUUCUUGAGAAUGGAAAUGGAUUUCGAAAUCAUGCUCUGCGAUUUCUCCUCUGGCGUUGAACUACUGUCCGCAGACUUCCUUGCCACAUGGUGGAAUCCCUAUGUCGUCCAAGACCCGCGAAUGGCACGACAAGCCCUUCCUCAUUCAUCCGCGACUUCCUUCAUCAGACCAUCGUCUUCACAUCCUAUCAAGAUUACACCCCCAGACGAGCCCACUCGUAACCGCAUCAUCCAAACCAUUCAAUUCCAGCCCCUUCUUGCCGGUUCAUGGCACAACCACUUUCCCGGCGACCUCCGCGUAACCCUAGACUACACGCGGCUGGUCAGUUUCUACGAUAUUGAACCAAGUCAGUCAACCGAACGGUGGGACCAUCGUGCGGGUGAUGUCUCCCAGAACGAUAUUCGAAGAUUAAAGGAACGACUGGAGUCCUCGUUACUCCAUGUAGACUCAGGCAGUGGGGUUGACUGGCGGGCUCUCUAUCGAGGGGUCAUUGAUCGUUGGGGGCAACGACUGGCGCUGCUUGAGUUGAUGCUGAAGGCAGAUGAAGAGGCGAUAGUGAUCCAGCGACACCUUCGACUGAUGCUGACGCCGUAUACGCUUCUUUCCGUCCGUCCGAACACAACAAGCCAUUGGGCAGCACCGGUCUGGCAGCUGUGUGCCACUCGCUCAACGGCUUAUAUCCAUUCUUCGCUGUCGCAGCGUCUUACCCUCAGUGAACGAACCCUUCUCCGCGCAGUGGACGAUACAAAUAGAGAGAUUUGUCGGCAGGUCGUGAGGAUGUGGAGCUGGGGGGUCGAAAGCGGUGUGGACACCCUCGUUGUUAUGCCAGAAGCGGAGCAGCCCCACGAUACGCUUUGGCUGUUUCGCCAUUGGAACAGAGCGACAGGGGAGCUGAUGCAGUGGCUGGACUGGAGUGUAUGGGUCAAAUGCAAGCCAGCCUGUGGCGAGCAAGAAAUGUGCUACCUUCCGACUUGGCCGUACUUUUGGGCUCGCUUGCGGGAUCCGGAAAUCCAGAAAGGGCCAUGGAGGAGACCCCAACCGAGAUGUAUUCGGGCAUACGAGCCGUAUUCUGAUUUGUCUGAGGUGGAGGAUUCAGAAGAUUAG